GCCUUCUCCUGGUCCAUUCUGCCGACUGCCGACAACAGAGAACGCGAUGCUGCUCCCGCUGAUCGUCGCAUCCAUCGUCCUGCUGGACGCAGCGUUUGCCACUCCACACCAAACUGGACAAGGUGUGUUCUUUCCAGAAGACUCUCCGUGGAGUAGUGCCGCCCAUCAGGGUAUCCGUUUGUCCACCUCUUCUCUGCAGCCUAGGCUGAGCAUCCUCACUGAAAAGCGGCAUCAGAGCAUGCUGCCCUACCACCCGGUGGUGCGUUUCCGCGGUCUCGGCGGACCCGGCGAAGCUUGGCCCGACGCAGAGCUGAUCACCAGCAACUACCGCCCGAUGCUGGGUGACUCUUUCAUCGCCAACCCCACCGAUCUGGAUGCCAUAAUUGAUAUUCUGAAGGAGGCAAACAAAGGUGCUGUCAAUUUUGACUCUGACCUGAUUAGUCUUAGUGCUGGCGACCUCCUGAGGGCAUUAGAGGCCAAAUCUAAAGGACCGGAAACCCAGCCAAAGGGUAUUAGGUUUGGAAUAAAACGCAGGUGAACACUGAACCGCUUAAAUAUGAUACAAGUGUCAAUAUAAUUUUUAAAUGUGUAGUGAAAGCUUUUUCUCCACAGUGGAUUUGUUUGUAAGGGAAAUACACUAGUACGUGUAACAUAAAAUAAAAAAUAUCAUAGUCC